AUGGCCGGCGACAAGAGCUGCCGUCAUGUCGGUCAAGCUGUACGUCUAAGUGAUUUCCGUCGUGAACUAAAAAAGCAUUCUCAUUGUCUAUGUGAGUUUUGUCCAAUCACUUCCAUAUCUGCCGAUUCUGACAUGGCUACAGCUUUACAAAGUUGGGAAAUCUAUGAUCAAAACACCAAUUUAAUUGUGUGUGUUAGUUGUGCUUUUAUUGGGUGCUUUCAUGAUGGACACUUUAGUCUUCAUCUUCAGACUCAUUCCAAGCAUUUUGUGGGCUUUCAAUUGGUUUCCAAGACUUUUUGGUGUGAACCUUGUCACAUGGACAUUCCUAUUGAUGUUCGGCCUAAAGUGGAAAAAGCACGACAAGAUUUUGGUAAUGCAGUGGAAGAAAUUGCAGCCAAGAAACGACGGCAACUUCGGAAUCAAAGACCUCUUUCAAAUGGUGUUCAGACUUCCAUGUCACCAAUUUCAACACCCAGUGGAUCAGCUAUAAAUUUGCUGGAUUUAAAUGCAGAUGCAGAGAUGUUGCCGGUUCCUAAAAGUGUUGUAACAGUGGAGAGAAAGAUAAAAGAGCUGAAUGGAGAAAUAGGUGGACCUUCUAUUCGACAAGCAAAUGAAGUUGCGUUGCUCAAUAUGCCACUUCGUACAAAAGCGGGGGAAGAUAAAAUGCGACGACGUAUUCUCAAGAAGACGCAACCUUCACUGGACAUUAACAUCCCGACAAGCAGCUUGGAUCGUGUAGAUAAAGACGAGUUACCGACCAUGGUGCUGGGCUUUACAAAUCUUGGCAACACGUGCUACUUUAAUGCAUGUAUGCAGGCACUGCUGACAGCAACGUACUACUUUCCUGAACAUACACAUAUUGAGGAGGUGUUGGAGACAACAAAUACGCCGAUCACCACUACCUUUACGAUGCUACACGAAACAGUGAAAAAGCGCUCACGGAAAGCACUUGCUGGAGGGGCCUCUUUGGACCGACAGUCAAAAGGCAAAAGUGGUCGUUCGCGCUCGAGCUCGUCUUCAGUGUUGACUGUGGCACCACUGCUCAAGGAGAUGCGGAAGAAAUUUUUGCAGUUCCGUGGACAUUAUCAGCAAGAUGCACACGAAGUAUUCAUUAGUUUUCUUUGGGCUGUUGACGAAGAGAUGGAUCCUCCGUUGCCUGUUACUGAUGAAUCUUGUGAGGCCGCUGCAGAGCAUGCUCCUUCUAUCAGCGUUACAAACAGUAGUUGCAGUACUGCAAACUCAUCGGAACUUCCGUUCGAUGAUGGAGAUGAUUUUUCUCGUGGAAAAGGAACAUGGCCUGAAGAGGAUGCGAUGGAAGUGGAGCUGACAGAAAUGGGCGAUCAGGAAACAGAGGAGGACGGUUGUGAGAGCGACGCUGAUAACUCAGAGCACGAGGACGAGAAACAGAUCUUUGUAAAAACAGAGACUGGUGAGACGAUCUCGAUGCAGGUGCCCAAAAGCGCAACGGUGAAAGAGGUUCAGUAUCUGUUAGCUAAGCGGCUGAAUCUUAACGAAGAAGAUAUGGUACUGAAUGCCUCCAAGGAAGAAACACGCGCUACGCUUUCAUCGCGAUCGUCAGCUGUGCUUCACGCAAGAGCUGAGAAGAGGAAGAUAUAUUCGAGGCUAAAUUUUACACGCAAUUUGUUUGGGGGUGCACUUACGACGGCUGUGACGUGCAAAGCUUGUGACAAGCGAACGGAAAUCGUCGAGGAUGCAUUUCACCUAAGCGUGUCCGUCCCGGAUGGGCGCCACCAGGAACUAACGAUUACGGAUUGCCUUGAUAAUUUUAUAGCCGAGACUCAAUUGCUUGUAGAAGCCAAUAAUGGCUACGACUGCGAUAAGUGCUCGCGUCAACCGAAGGUACGCAGUGCGGCAGGUCGAUUUAUACGCAAGAAACGCCUGGGACCAAACGCUCAACCGGAUAUGGAGAUUGUGUUGCGCGAUGCGUCCAUGCAGCUGUUUGUGUCGGCGAUGCCCCGUAUUCUUGUGGUGCAUAUCAAGCGUCUAGCACGUUCCCGAAAGAUUACACAACACAUCGUUUUCGCCGAAAGGCUGGAUAUGACCCCUUACGUGAGCGAGACACUCCGCCAAGGCGGUGGUGACGCAAGGAAGCAUUCGCUUUCUUACGAGCUUAUCGCAGUCGUUGUGCAUAUGGGCAACAGGCGCUCUGGCCACUACGUUGCGUACGUUAGCCGGUCGCGUCGACGCGAAGCUCUCUCGGCAGCUCGUGCGCGCAGCCACCUCGCUUCAGACGGAGGUGGAGCUGCCCCUGUGGUUACAACACCGAGAAACAAGGAGGAUUCACCACGAACGUGGUACUAUGUCUCGGACACCGUCGUCAAGCGUGUGUCUUUCGAGCAGGUAUUGCAAUGCGAAGCGUAUAUGCUAUUCUAUCAGCGUCGAUCGAAAACAUUGGCUAGCAGAGCGACACCUGCGACUUCCCCUACAGCAGAGACGGAACAAUCGUUGACAGAAACCGCAUUGUGA